UGUUUCUACAGACUUAAUAUGAAGUCAAUGUUGCGCUUUUUGGUUUUCAAAGAGCCGACGCCCUCAGAAAGUGGCUCAUACGUGAAGUAAUGGUUUAAUUACAGCAAUUAUCCAUGUGAAUGUAUAUAAACAUCUAAUGCUCUCUUGCUCAUUGGAGAACUAGGUUUGCGUAAAUGCAUGAUAAAUACAGAUUUAUCAUGCGCUUGCAUUAAUAAUUUUCACCAAAGUAAUAAUUAUAAAUACUUAAUGGAAAUGUUAUUUUUCAGCAAAACAUUAACAGGUUGAAUUUCACAGUCUAUAAAGUUCAUGAUGCAGCCCCCCCUGCUCCCCCCACUGAAAUACUAAAACUAAGGUUGAUAUCUUAUAUAUUGUUUUACAUUCUAACAUUUUCAAAUAAAGAUUUGCCCAGGAAUGUGCAAGGCAAGUUUCUAUCACUGUUGGGUCAUUUCUUGCUAACCCGGUGAUUACGCAAUAGGCUUGUAUUUGUUGGAAAUGACAUUACUAACCGUGCACACAUUGUUGAGGAGCAGUUUUGUUACGUCAGUACGAUGUGUCUCGUUAUGUUUCUCUUACUGCUAUAAGAGAUGUCGCCUUGUGCAGUUUGAGUGUGAGGCGAUGCUGAGAGAUUCCGGCUGCUCAAACUGUGCAAAAUGUUUUCUGUUAUGAGAAGGCACACCCCAUACACAAGUUAUCAAAACUAUGCAGUAUGUGCUAUGCACAAGAUGACAUCCAUUGUAGACACAGAACAAGACUGACACAUCCUAAACAGUGAUUGGUUGAUUCCUGCAGAGCAUCUUUGAUUCAUUUCUGUUUGUACUUCCACUGUCUUUUACUUGCUUUGCUCUUACACUUUGGAAUUCACUUCUAUUGGAUAUGAGAAGCAUUUCCACUUCUGUCAAGAUAUUACCAGCCCUACUCAGAAAUAACACUUUAGUGUCGUGCUCACUUACUGUAAGUGUGCCAAAUGAAUGGAUUUUCCUGUUGAGAAAGCACACCUCAGUGAGCAUUAACAUUGCAAGUGUUGAAUAUGGCAUUAAGACUUCUUUUUGACUAGGCUUGUUGGGUUAAGUGUGGGUGCUUUGGGUUUCUUGAUGCUCAGUAAAAGGGAUCGAUACACCUUUUUAUUCAUUUAUUUACAUCAAUGUAGUUUCAUUGUUAAUAUGAGAAUGUCAACUUUAACUUAAUGCUUGCAAAAGGAAGAACAAGUGAGAUCUGGGACUGGAGAUGUUUCUUGUGCUUGCACUGGAAUAUUUGCAUUUAAAUGUGCUCGUGCAGAAGAGAUAUUCAACAUGCUGCAGGAAAUCAUGCAGAACAAUAGCAUAAGUGUUGUGGAAGAGCCAGUAAUGGAACGAAACCACAACCAGACAGACUUGGAAGCUCCCAGGACACCCCGCACUCCCACCACCCCUGGCUUUGCUGCCCCAAGUCUACCCAAUGGAUGCCCACGGUACCCUUCAUGUGGAGAUGCCUCGUCACGCCCCUCGAGCAGACACCCGUCUGUAGGAAGUGCCCGCCUUCCUUCCGUGGGGGAGGAGUCCACACAUCUCUUAUUGGUAGCUGAUGAACAAGUCCACACGUACGUGAACACCACAGGGAUGCAGGAGGAGCGGAGGAACCGGCCCAGCAGCCACAUGCCCCUGGAGCUCCGGCUCUCCAACACUGAGAGCAUUGGCAGUGGCGGGGGCGGGGGCGGGCAGGCAGCGCAGGGGGACUUGUGCCCUGCAGAGGAUGGGGAGCCCCAAGUCUUGCUCGAGCCUGAGGGCGUCAAGUUUAUUCUAGGACCAACGCCUGUUCAGAGACAACUAAUGGAGAAAGAGAAAGAAGAGACCGGGGCUGAGGACCAAGCUAGCGGCGGGGCUGUGGUUACAGGGGGUUGUGUUAACGGAGUGUCUGCUGACAGUGCCGGCACGAACCCCACAGACUGGGACACUGGCUACGACAGUGACGAACGCAAGGAGGCCUCUUCCAAUAACAAACUGGCGUACGAGAAACUGAACGGCUUUUCCCUGCCUAGCGCGCCGCCUCCCCGAAGGGGUAGGAUUCCCACGCCGAACGGCUCGGACUCUCACAACGCUAACAACUCUGCUCAGAGGAGGACAGCUCUGUUAAACUAUGAAAACCUCCCCUCACUGCCUCCUGUGUGGGAAGUUUCGAAACCAAGCAAGGAGGAGGAUAGUUUCGUCCCAAAGACGCCGGCUCUUAAUGGCUAUCACAAUAACCUCGACCCAAUGCAUAACUAUGUCAACACAGAAAAUGUAACCGUUCCGCAAAGCGCCAACAAGCCGGAGGUUGCGAGGCGCCGGGACUGCACCCCAACAGUGUUUAACUUUGACUUCAGGCGCCCCAGUCUAGAUCACAGACAGCUCAACUACAUUGAGGUUGAGAUGGAAAGAGGCAGUGACUCCAGCAACCCGCAGACCCCCAAAACACCCACCACUCCUCUCCCCCAAACUCCCACCAGGCGAACAGAGCUCUACUCUGUCAUAGACAUAGAACGGACUGCUGCAAUGUCCAGUUUGCAGAAAGCACUGCCACGAGACGAUGGUACUUCAAGAAAAACACGACACAAUAGUACUGACCUGCCUAUGUGAGCCUAGAAAGCACUAUUUUAUAAGUUGCACCUUUUUUUUUUUUCUUUUUUUAAGUUUUAAAGAAUACAAAAAAAAAAAAAAAUUGAAGACAACCAGGGCUUCAGCUGCUUUUUGUUUUUUGUUUUCCCUUUCCAAAUAUAAUAACUACAUAUAACCUUGAGUCUAAACUAGAGGGGGAGUUGCACUGUGUACUUUGUGUUAACUUUAAAGGGAUUUGAAGUAGAGCAGGUACAUGUCAUUCAUAUAACACUAUUGUAUUAUGUGCUAUUUACAUCAUUCAUUUUCAGUGCCUAUUUAAUUCAAUAGAAUUGGAGUGAAAUGCCAGUAACAUUUUUGGUCAUAUACCCCUCUUACUGGUGUAAAUCAGUUUGGUUAAUAAAAAAAAAAUUUAAAAAAUGUGCAGCUUUGUUUUAAAAUGCAACACUUUUUAUAAUAAUUUAGAUUUGUGUGUUGCAUUGUUUGGUACUACUGUAGCAAUGCAUCUCCAUUUAUAUACUGCCAAAUCUCUGAAAUGAGCAAAGAAGACGACAAGAGGACGGUACAGAAAAACUAACUGAAUGUGUACCAAAACUAGGGUUCGAGUUUUAUUAAGUGCAAUUUUGUUUCAGUUCCACCCAAAAGACCUUGUGUUUUCAGAGGACGACUGGCAUGCUUUGAAAGCCCUUUACAUGCAUGCAAGCAAAAUCAAAUGAAUUAAUUGGAGCUUUUUAUAAACUGUUGAGCCAACAAUUGUUUCUUUUUAAUUGACUUGCUGUUACACCACAGUAGUGCUCAGUAUCAUACUGGUAAUUCAAAUUCAAACUGUUUGCUAUGUAUGAAACUGUCAAAUGUUUUCAUAGGAUCCUGAAUCUCAAGUUCACCCUUUCAUGGUUUUAUCUUUGCAUUGUAUUAUAUUGUAAGAUGUAUUGUGUAUUCUUCUAACUUGCAUUAUAUAUAUAUAUAUAUAUAUAUAUAUAUAUAUAUAUAUAUAUAUAUAUAUAUAUAUAUAUAUAUCUUCCUACCUUAAACAUAACUAUAGGAACUGUGUAUGAAUGUAGUUUGAGUAGAUUUGUUUAAUAAAACAAUGCAAUGGUAAUUUUAAAUGAAAUGAGGAUAUACCCUUGCCAAACAAAGUCUUAGACAAAGUAAGCUCUGAAUGUUGGGUUCAUUUCAGCUGUAAACAUUCCUUAAUAUGUGUGGUGUGUUUUGGGGCAAGUUAAAGAUAAAUACUAUGCAGAAAAGUAACCAACACUUUUUUUUGUUUUAAUUUAUUUUUUGUUUAGCUGGGCCACAUCAGUGUACAAGCAUUUAAGUUAAAGUUUAUUUAGAUGUUUGCAUUUUCAGGUAUGGAUAUAGUGUACCAAAAUGUUCAUAUUUAAGAAAACCACAGUGUCUGUAUUUUUAGGAUAGCUACAUCUUUUUCAGAUGUUAUCAGUGCCAACACCAUUUUUUU